AGGAAACGUCAAGCUGAAGAGACAUGGAUUUGUCAUUGUGGACUCUGAUCUAUGUUCUGGUCAUGAAGAUAAACCAAAUUUAUGCAUUGUCACCUUGCCAAGCGUCCUUGCCAACGGUAGUAAGUGUAAUACGCUGCCCUAAAAAUAAAGCUGAAUGGGAAAAUCGAUCAAAGAGGAAAGAUUGUUCAAAAUUAUCCCAGUCUUGUGUCAAACCAGAAGAGUUUUUAUACCACUGUCUGAUAAAUGAGUAUAUGAAUAUGACGAUUGAAGUCUGUGCACCUUCAGUUCCCAUAUUAGGUCAAAAGUGUGCAGAAUUUAAUACAGUUGGGGCAGUUGUUCAGGAUAACUUUUAUACCAAAUGCGAUGACUCGGAUCCGCCUUGUCCAUUCACAUACAACUCUACUGACAUGUACAAGUACCAAAGGUGUUAUAGCUACAUCAAAAGCACAAACAACACAGAGGUUUUACCAAAUUGUUCUGAUUAUAAAAGAGAACAAAAUACAUGUUCCUGUGACGAAAACAUAUGGCUGGCCAUUUCAGUAGUAUUUAUUAUCUUAUGUCUGAUAAGUUGUGGUGUUGGAGGGAUACUGCUUUAUAGACAUAGAGAUCUACUUUGCAGCACUCACGAUCAAAAACCCGAGGAUGUCCCACUGAUUGCAGAGGGGAAAGAUACCAUGGAGUCUCUAUCCAAUACAGUAGAUGAAGACAAGGGAACUAGUGAAACAGAUGAAGAAAAGUCUUGGGUGUACUCGAUUUAUUUUGGUGACAAGUAUUGUGGCACGGCCUAUUUGAAUCCAAAAUAUCCAGAGGAUAUAAUAAGCCUCGGAAACCAUGAAAUAAUUGGGGCUCUUGUUAAAAAGAAUGGAGAAAUAAUAGAUUUUGGAGAUAAAGCUCGUAAUAUGUUUACUGAUAAUGAAACAGAUUGCAGUGACUAUACGUUUCUUGAUCAUGACAAACUGAAUAUGGAAUAUUGGAAUGAUACUAUUCCCACACUUGGUUCGAUGAAGGUUAUUGAGGUUUAUCAAAAUAUUAUUGGUUUCCUGGUGAAGAAAAUUUACAAGAAAAUAACUGGCCGUGAUUUGCCGGCCAAAGAUGAUACAACAUGCUGUGAAUCAGGAUCCUGUAUGCUAUGUAACAUGCAUUGUGUCAUCACAGUUCCUAAUCACUGGAAAGACGACGUUAUACCUCUUAGAGAAGCUUUUGACAGAACUAUGGUAAUAUUCAGUCUGGGAAUGCUAGGGAUAAAUAAUAUUGAACGUAUUUUAAUUGCAUAG